AUGGAAGAACAAUACCAACUUCUACUAGAAAUUAUUUCUAACAAUCAAAAGUGGAAAACUAAAGUGAUUGUAGUUGAAAAACAAUCACCAAAGCAUUCGAGACAAGGCAAUGGAAGGUACCAGCUUUUGAUAUUAAUGGAUACUCAGGGUAAUACUAUUCAUGCUAGCUUAUAUGAUUCCAAUAUCACUGCUUUUGAGGAUCAACGUUUUCUAGGAAAAACUUAUACCAUUUCGAAAGCUUAUGUGAAGAACAAUACGACAAACUACAGAUAUUCGACUGGCUCUCUUCAAUGGACAAUAACUGGAAAAACUCGUAUUGAAGAAUUGAAUGAAGAUAAUCUAGAUUUCCUUCAAAUUUGUACAGAUUAUGUUCAGAAAAAAGAAAAUUUAAUGGCUCAUUUCAAAUUUGCAGAUAUACUUGCAGUUGCAGUUGAUAUGACGCCCAAACGAUUGAUUCAAUCCAAAGAUGGCAACCAAACUUGGUUGCAAGAUAUCAUACUUCUAGACAUGAAUUUCAAAACAAUGAUGCUUACACUUUGGGAUUCAUUUGUUGACAGAGAAUGCUUACUGAUAGCAAACAUUAUUGACAAAAAACCAGUUAUAUUUGCAACCCGUCUAAAGGUUACAGCAUUAUUUGGUUUAAAAUUGUCCAUGAAAGUCCGUUCCACUUUCUUCAUAAAUACACCUUUCAACGCAGUAAAACAAAUGACAGAAUGA